UGAGGGCCGGCUCCGUCGUUCUCAAAGGGCAUUAGUAACAACCUCCAGACCUUCCAAAGGCGGAGGCAACGGAAGGGAGGGGGAGGAUGCAAAACCGAGUGCAAACUGCUCCCUACCAGCAGCUUCGCCUCGGUAUCAAGCCCUUUGCAGCUGAGCGAUCUCGGCACAGCCAGCGUCUCCUGGGUACCCUUCAAAGGCCCGUGCGCCGUCAGCACGGAGACUCAGUAGAAGGCGAGGCGGCAGCGAGGACCUUACCCUAGAGGAGCCCGGGAGCCGCAGCCCCUCCCCGCCAGCCCCGUCGGCCGGCUUCGCGCCGCGGAGCACGGGCGGCCCCGGAAGGCGGAUGUGGUUCCGGGUGGCGCGGCGCCAUGGAUUCGCUGUGGCGGCUGAAGCGGUUCGAUGCCUUCCCCAAGACCCUGGAAGAUUUUCGGGUCAAAACGUGCGGGGGCGCGCUGGUGACGGUUGUCAGCGGGCUCAUCGUGGUGCUGCUUUUCUUCUCGGAGCUGCAGUACUACCUCACCAAAGAGGUUCACCCGGAAUUGUACGUUGACAAAUCGAGGGGAGAUAAACUGAAGAUCAACCUGGACGUUAUUUUCCCACAUAUGCCUUGUGCUUAUUUGAGCAUUGAUGCCAUGGAUGUAGCAGGAGAGCAGCAGCUGGAUGUAGAGCACAAUCUGUUUAAACAACGUUUGGAUAAAGCUGGCAAUCGUGUGACUCCAGAGGCUGAGCGACAUGAGCUGGGGAAGGAAGAAGAAAAAGUGUUUGAUCCAGAUUCUUUGGAUGCCGAUCGCUGUGAGAGCUGUUACGGGGCAGAGUCAGAGGACAUUCGGUGUUGUAAUACUUGUGACGAUGUCAGAGAAGCAUACAGGCGGCGAGGCUGGGCCUUCAAGAACCCGGAUAGCAUAGAGCAGUGCAAGAGGGAAGGGUUUAGCCAGAAAAUGCAAGAGCAGAAGAACGAGGGCUGCCAAGUGUAUGGUUUCCUAGAGGUCAACAAGGUAGCUGGAAAUUUCCACUUUGCACCAGGAAAAAGUUUCCAACAGUCUCAUGUCCAUGAUAAUGAAGCAAAAGGUCUCACUCCGGGCACCGUGGCCUUCAAGAUUCUGUAUAGAAACCGCCUAUGUUCUUCUCAGAUGCUGUGUUCUUCUCAGCUGACCACUGGAGGCUGAGCACUUUAUUACUAGAGGUAUUUCUGCAGCAUAGAUGUUGUUCCUGUUUUAUCUUAGUUUUCAUCAUUACUAGAUGGUUUAGUGUGCGUUGCUAUUCAUUCCUCAUCUCAGGUCAUCGAAAUCGUUCUCUCUCGGAGAAUUCACACGGCUGAUCUUACGCCUUGGUGCCAUCCGUAAUGGUGAAUGACCUUUUAGCCAGUGCGUAAACAUACUGCUUGUACUUCUUGGACAGGUGCUCUGUCUGUCUUCAGAGACUGUGAUUCUCCCGGAGAAUCCGAGCUGGAGCUUGGGGAAUUUGCUUUUGAAGCGAGCAGGGACUCUGAUUUUCGUCCCAAGUUACGGGAAGCAUUGAAAACUGGUCGCUUUAAGCCCGCACCGUGAUGCUCCAUCUUCAGAGGGUCAGAGAAGACCCCGGCUCCUCAGUGUCAUACCGGCUGCAGACGGUCUUGUCUUGUUCCUCAGCUCAUCUGCGAUCCAGUUGCACUGAGAAAUCCCCGGUCGUUAGGAGGAGGACGGAAGGAGGUCGUGAGGAGGACUGAAGCGGUACUUCCAAGCAGACUUUUUGGCAGGGAAACUAGUUAGUUGUCCUGGCUCUCCUGCAUCAAGGGAAAACCAGAGUCAAACGUUAUGGCUAUUUACAGUCUUCCGUUCCAAGCAGCACAGCCUCAAGCCCUGCUUAUUCAUUUGGAAGGAGCCGAGACUGGGUUUGCUUCACUCGCGUCUGCUCCGCAGGCUUUGGAUCCUAAACUGAGUUUUUCUGUUGGGUUUAUGCAGGGUGCUGCAGGUUUUGGUGGAGUUGUCUCCUUCCCUUGUGCCUCUGGGAGGACAGCCUCCAGCACCAGCUGUGCCUGUUUGUGAUUCUGGAGAUCAUGGCUGUUUUCUUUGCAGCAGUUCACACCUUCUCGCUUUCCUUCCUGGCUCAGAGAAAAGAGGAAUGAUUGAAUGAUCCAGCUUUGCAGCCUCCGGAGGUUAAGCCACAGGUUCAGGCGCUGCUGCCACAUCUGUCCAUGCCUGUACAGCAGCAGCAGCCGUCUCCCGCUUCAGCUGCGGUGCCUGGCAGCGAGUUUCCAGCACGCGGGAGAGCCCCUAGUGAGAGGUUCCUCAGGAGAGAGGCGAUCGUCCUAUCAAUUCCUUCUUCCUUGCCGUAUUUCUCCUAGUCAAGGGGAAGCUGAGGCUUCUCGUUCAUCCUUUAGGUUAUCUGUGGACCUCUCUGUUGCUGAGGUGCCAAGGGCUUGUACUUGAAGGCCCGUGAAGACCCAGCGGACUCUGCUGGGACGGUCGAUGCAGCCACAGAUUCAGUGUGGGCGUAAGACGAGUUCAACAGAAGGUUGGGUGGUCCCCACCUUGGCUCUGCACUGAGUAACAAUUAAAGCCUGCAGAUGUUUACUGAAACCUGAGGCGUGAUUUUGUAGCCUUUUUUCUUCAGUGUAACACCUCUGCUAGGCAUUUGCCACACAGACCGCAAACGUCCUGGUCAGCUUUUGGCUGACCCAGCUCACGCAAAGGCCCGAUGGAUUCUGGGAGCAGCGCCAUUAGGUGCAAGUGAGAGCACCAGGGAGGCAGCACAGGGGGCCAGAAAGAGCUAAAGGGCCAUGAUGCAGCCACCGUCACCUGCAGCCGGCUGUCUCCUGUAGCCGUCAUCUUUGUCUGGCAGUACUGGCAGAAUCUGCUGAUUUUUGGAAAUGGUAUAGAGCAGACUUCCAAGGCGGAAGGGAUAAAACAUCAGCUGAGCCAAAAAGCCUUUGAAGCAGCUCCAAGAGCAGCUGGACUGCUGAGGCUCUUGUGCUUGUGCUUCCCAGCGUGAUACAGGGGACGCCCGCACUGUGAGGGAGGAGGAGGGAUGAGCGCUCUCGCUAGGGCACUUUGUUUUAUUUCUUCGUGAGCUCACGAAAUAAAGCUUA